UAUCAUCUAAGCAAUACAGUGACUGAAAAUAGUAGCGUAUGAAAUGUGGCUUUUGUGUGUGCGCAUACAAGAGCGAUGGUCACUUUGUCCAUUAAGAUGCUGGGCUCGGAGUCGGCCCAUCUGUGCGCUCAAAGCAGCAUCCGGGCACGCGCGUGUUUGUGCCCCUCCGUUCGUAUUCCGUACCGCGCCCUUUCUGUAACUUCUCUGAGCGCUGAUUUACUCUUUCUCUUUUAUUUCAGGCAGCUUUCAAGAAGGAAGAAAUGAUGCCAUCACAGAGGAGCCCGUUUCAGUUUCGCUCCCGCUUCAACAUCGGCGUGCGAAGCGUGCGGCGAUUUGUGAAAUUUCAGUGAUGUUCAAUAGUUGUAAUCCUGAUUUCGUAGUGUGAGGAUCUCGUUUGUCUUUAAAAGAUUACGGCGAAUUUACAUUAAUGAAAUGAUGACGGAUUAAAUAAGACCGUGCUAUUUUGAACCGUAAAGAUGUAUGCUGCCGCGUUGAAUGAGGACCGCUGCCUGUGCAUCCGUCGCUGUAAAACACAUCUCCGGUAAUUUGACGUGACGGGGACAUCCGCCGCUGGAAGCGACAGUGUGGCACAGCAGGGCGAUAUCGACCGAGGUAACGUUGGGCCGCGAGUGCUUAAAAAUCAGGGCGGACGCUCUGAACGGUUUGCGCUCCUGGCACAUCGUGCAGUAUUAAGGGAGGAAUAGAAACAUUGACCGGUGUCCCGUCGGACGGCCGAGAGAAAGAGAGCGGUCAGCACGCCUGGAGAUCUUCCUGCCUUUUUAAUGGGGACAAAAGCCAGAGAUGAUGGAGAGCUACUGUUGUUGACGGGACUGGAGGCGGACGCUUCCGAAGAUCGCGUCGAGCGGAUCGGGCCUGGGAGCGAGGAGACGAGCCCGUGACUCGGAACGGAGGCGCAGGAGUAAAACGCAUUCGGGGAUCAACAGGAACCCGAAAGGGUAGUUUCACGUUUUUCUCCCCGCAGCGAUAAGCAGAGCGGUGCGCCUCGUGCCUAAUGUGUAAUACAAGAGAAGCAGCCAGCCAGCAUUUUAACGCAAACUAAUCAUCUGUAUUUUUUUUUUUCCUAAUUGAACCAAACGCAUGCCACGUUAUCGCAUUGAAGUCAAGGCCUCUAUUUGUUGAGCGUAACUCUUCGUACGCAACCGAAAAGCUAGACGUCGGCGUCUCUCCGUGCGUAAACUGACUUUCUCACCGUUUCGGGACGGUUCUUUCUCUGUCCGCGUAUGUUCGGCAGGAAGCGGCUCUACGAAGGACUUCUUCGUGGCGUUUUUAGACGGGAGGAGGAAGCGCUAAAGACCCGAGGAGGCGACCGCGGAGCCCCGCCCUCCUAUGGCAGCGCGGCACGAAGCUCGGCUGUCCUGAUGUAGCUUGGAGCGCGCCAUGCUGCGGAGGGGACUCCUGGCCUGGGUGUCCCGGCUGGGGCUCGUGCUGGUGGUGGCCUGCUGCGGCCUGUCCCUGCUCUACAUGCUGGCCUGCAGCCCGCGAGCUGACGAGGGGCACCUCCCGCUACCGCGGUCCCACGUCCCCACGGGCAAGGAGGGUUACCAGGCCCUGCUGCAGGAGCGUGAGGAGCAGCACCGCCACUAUGUGGGCAGCCUGAAGAAGCAGAUCGCCCAGCUGAAGGAAGCCCUGCAGGAGCGCAGCGAGCAGCUGCGCGGCGUGCGGGACUCCCUUGAGCGGACGGGGACCGGAGGGGCCGCGGCGGCCCCGGCGGCCCCGGCGGGCCUGCUGGACGGAGCGGCGGAGCGCGGUGUCGCCGAUCUCCAGGAGUUCUUCCGGAGCCAGCUGAGCCGGGCGGAAGCGCACCAGGGCGCGAGGCUGCCCAGCGAGUAUGCCGUGGUGCCCUUCGAGAGCUUCACCCUGCAGAAGGUCUACCAGUUGGAGAUGGGCCUCACCCGACACCCCGAGGAGAAGCCCGUGCGGAAGGAUCGCCGCGAUGAGCUGAGCGAGACCGUAGAGAGCGCCCUGCAGGCCCUGAACUCCCCACGGGAUGGGGAGAACACCCCGCAACAAAAGGUGUUCUCGCCCGCUGCUUUCAUCGAAGGGAUCUCCCGGACCGAGAAGGACAAGGGCACGUUGUACGAGCUCACCUUCAAGACCGACCGCAGCCAUGAGUUCAGGAGGCUGGUCUUCUUCCGCCCGUUCGGCCCGCUGAUGAAGGUCAAGAACGAGAGGGUGGACACAGCCUACAUGCCCAUCAACAUUGUGGUUCCUUUGGCCAAGCGAGCGGACAAGUUCAGACAAUUCAUGCACAACUUCAGGGAAGUCUGUAUUCGUGAGGAUGGAAAGGUCCACCUUACCGUGGUGUACUUUGGCAAGGAUCAAGUGAGCGACGUGAAGGCAAUACUGGAAAACACAUCAAGGGAGAUUAACUUCAAGAACUUCACACUUAUCCAGCUCAAUGAAGAGUUUUCUCGAGGAAGAGGGCUUGAUGUGGGAGCCCGCGCAUGGAAGGGAAACAACGUCCUCCUGUUUUUUUGCGACGUUGAUAUUUACUUCACGGCCGACUUCCUAAACUCCUGUCGACUGAACGCGCAGCCCGGUAAAAAAGUUUUCUAUCCAAUUCUCUUCAGCCAGUACAACCCAGCACUGAUUUAUGGGCACCGUGACAAUAUUCCACCGAUAGAACAACAACUGGUAAUAAAAAAGGACACAGGAUUCUGGAGAGAUUUUGGAUUUGGAAUGACCUGCCAAUACAGAUCAGAUUUCAUCAAUAUAGGUGGCUUCGAUGUGGACAUUAAGGGCUGGGGGGGUGAGGAUGUGCACCUGUACAGGAAGUACCUGCACAGCAACCUGCUGGUGGUGCGCGCGCCGUCGCGCAGCCUCUUCCACCUGUGGCACGAGAAGCACUGCGCGGACGAGCUGCCGCCGGAGCAGUACAAGAUGUGCAUGCAGUCCAAGGCCAUGAACGAGGCCUCUCACGGGCAGCUGGGGAUGCUCUUCUUCCGACACGAGAUCGAGGCCCACCUGCGCAAGCAGAAACACAAGGCUGCGGGCAAGAAGACGUGAGGGAGCCGAGGGUCCGGCAGACGGCGCACGUCGAAGAGCGAGAGGGCGAGAGGGGAGAACGCAGGCGCUGCUGGAUAGGAGAGGAAGAUGUCCUCUGUUCGAACCUCUCCCUAGAUCUUCCCAUCAGAAGAGUAAAGGCUGGAUUACACUUGCGGAGAUGGCUCAUGACUGAGAUAACAGUUUUGCCGGGUUGCGGGCACGAUUCCAGCCGCUUUCGAGCCGUCGUUUUUCAGGCGAAUUUCCAGACGAUACAAUCAGCUCCCCAAAAUCAUCUCUAUUCCACUUCUGCAGUCUUUUUCCGCGCUUUGGCCUUAACCCCUACGGUAUAUAGUACACACCAAGGAUCCACUUCCAGAGGAGAAAGCGGUAUAUGUGCGGUUCACCAAUGCGUAUUAUGCAUAACAAACCACUCUCAUUUUUUGUUUGCAGCGAUGCCGCGGUGUUGUGAUGGUCUUACUAGAAUAAUUUUUAAUUAACUUCGUUUCCCAAAUGGACCAUUCCUCGAAUUGAGUUUGUCAAAAGCCAUUAAAGUGUUUAUAGUUGCCUUGGCGAUUGUGAACUUGAAAGGAGACCGCUGAGAAUUCACAGUAAUCGUAAGAGUAAUAGUGUUCGUGAGCAAGGAUCCCACUGAAUGUAUGUGUGUCAGAGGAGGCUGUUUUUUUCUUACAAAUUACAUGAAGGCAGAUUUGUAAAAUCAAUCAUUUGUCUGGGUUGAUCUGCAUUGCUAUUGCUAGUUGACAGUUUUCGUCCCCUUAGCAUGACAUGGGUGUUCCGUAUUUAAAAUACAUAACGGUUGCAGAAGGUGACUGAAAGAGUGUCCCAUCGGUAGGUUCUGUGUCUAGGUAUGUUCAAACAGUAAAAGGCAGUAUUUUUCUACAUUUUUAUAUUAAAUUUUCUACCUUGAACGUACCUUUGCGUGCAUUUUUAGAAAAGCCCACAAAGGCAUUAAGCGAUCGGCCGUUGUUUCGGUUCUUAAAUUGCUUUGGGGCGUUCUUGGGGUCUGUUUUGCAUUCUUUGCUUGUAGUUAGAGA